CGUGCGCCACUCUUUGCCCCUUCACAAAGAUGGCGGCGGCGUCCCAACCGCGCCAUCAGAUGCCCGAGGCAAAGAUGGCCGCUCCGCCACCUUAACGUCGAGACGCAAUGGCCGCACGCACGCAACUACACCGCUUUCGGAUCCUUUGGCUGGCCAAGCAAUGAGGUGAUCGACUAAGCGGCGGGGAGGAGUCGUUCCGACGAAUUGUGGUUGGCAGAGCGUCGAUCACGUGAGACUGUCGGAAUUUGUUCGCGGAAGUAGUUGGGCAUUGAACGAAGAUAGCUUGCACUACUUUUUAAAGACAUGCAGUUCUUUGGUCGGCUUAUGAGCACUUUAAACAAUGUCACCGGCUUGUUUUCAAACCCUUUCCGGAUCAAGGAGGUAUCCCUGGCUGACUAUGCAUCUCUGAAACGUGUGAAGUCUGAAGAUAGGAUAGUGCUGUAUGAAAAAAGUUCAUCUCACUCUUGGGAGUGCCUCCUUCUUAACCCCAAUAAUGAAAAAUUUGCUUUCCGGCUCUUCCAGGUAGACCACGAAGGAUUUGCUCUUGAGCACUACGAGCUGUAUGCAAAGAAGUUGCGCCCCUUUUAUGAAAGUUCCCAAAAUCCUUUGCAGCUGGAGGUGUUGCAGCAACUGACGGACUGUUUUCGCAGCCACCCUACCUGGUCGCUGGCUCAUGUAGCGGUAGAGGUUGGGCUCCUGGAGAGCUUCCGCCACAAUCACAUCCUGAGCUGCAUAAACAGCAACAGCGGUGACAAUGAAUGCACUCCGGUGCACAUGGCCUGCCAAAAGGGAGACAUGGAGUGCCUGCGGGAGCUGGUGGAGCAGUGCCAUGCCCGUCUAGAUGUCACGGACAAAAAUGGAGACACCGUCUUCCACUACUCUGUCCGAGGGAACAACCCUGAGAUCAUAGAGCUCAUGGGCACGAGGUCAACUGCCGCUUUGGACCACUUGAACGACGAAGGAAAGAGCCCUUUGCACCUGGCCUGCCAACUGGGCAAAGAAGAUGCUGUUCAUGCUCUUUUGAAGGUCAAUGCCAAGUGCAGCAACAUGGGAGCACUCGGCUACCCCAUCCACAUUGCUAUGAAACACUCCCAGAAAAGAUGUGCCGAGGCCCUUCUUGAUAAGGAGAUCAGCCAGAUUCAGUUGCUAGACCCACGCUAUGGAGCAACGCCACUCCACUGGGCCAGAAAUGCUGAUAUGACCCGGCUCCUCAUUGACUAUGGCUGCGAAGUGAACGCCCUCAGCAAGACAGGGGAGUCGGCCCUGCACAUCGCUGCCCGGCGGGGGCGCUUUGAUUGCACCAUGGUGCUGCUGACAAAUGGAGCCAUGGCAAAUGUGAAAGGGGCAGAUGGCAACACCCCACUGCACCUGGCCAUGAAGCUAGACCAUCUAGAAAUGAUCAAGGCCCUUAUUGUGUUUGGAGCAGAUGUGGAAGUCCCCAAUGACUUGGGGGAGACGCCGGGGUUGCUGGCAGCCAGGAUAAGCAAAGGUGCCAAUCGGAAGGUGCUCUUAGACCUGCUGAAAAUUGUAGGGAUUGACCGCUUCCACCCACCUGACACACCACUACCAACUGCUUCCACUUCCCAGGAAGGACUACCGCCCCUGAGGAGCACUAACCAAAACCUAGAAUUCCAGGACAUCAUCCAUGUCUCUACAGUACUUAGUACCAUGCUGAAAAAACAAGAUGUGGUAGAUCUUGCCACCGAGAGGAGAAAAGGUCAAGACCGCCUUUUGAGUCUGGAUGGUGGUGGUGUCCGGGGCCUGGUGCUCAUCCAGUUCCUCAUCGCUUUAGAAAAAGCUUCAGGGCGUCCCAUCCGGGAUCUGUUUGACUGGGUCGCAGGGACGAGCACUGGGGGAAUCCUGGCAGUGUCUGUAAUACUAGGGAAGCCGAUGGAAUACAUGCGCUGUUUGUACUUUCGCAUGAAGGACGAGGUGUUUCGAGGGUCGCGGCCCUAUGAAUCAGAGCCCCUUGAGGAAUUUCUGAAGAAGGAGUUUGGAGAGCAUACCAAAAUGACGGAUGUCAAGGAACCCAAACUCAUGUUGACAGCGACGCUAUGCGACCGACAGCCUGCUGAGCUCCACCUGUUCCGGAAUUACAACCCUCCAGAAGGAAGAGGCAAAUCCCGUUACAUGACGUCGGGUUUGUUUCAAGCGUUGGCCAAGCCAGAAGAUCAGCUGAUGUGGCAGGCUGCUCGUUCCAGCGGAGCUGCCCCAACGUAUUUUCGGCCCUUUGGACGCUUUCUGGAUGGAGGUCUGCUGGCCAACAACCCCACCCUGGAUGCCAUGGCUGAGAUCAACGAGUGCAACAAAAUUUUAAUCCAGAAUGGUGAGGGUCACAAGGUGAAAAAGCUGGGAGUGGUGGUCUCUCUUGGGACUGGGAAGGCACCACAGGUCCCUGUGAGUUCAGUGGAUGUCUUCCGCCCCUCAAACCCUUGGGAACUGGCCAAGACUGUCUAUGGGGCUAAAGAACUGGGCAAGCUGGUGGUGGACUGCUGCACUGAUCCAGAUGGGCCAUGCGUGAACCGUGCAAGAGCCUGGUGUGAGAUGAUAGAUGCCCAUUAUGUCAGGUUCAACCCUCCUUUGCAGCUGGAUGUGAUGCUGGAUGAGGUGAGCAAUGUGAUCCUGGUGGACCUUCUCUGGGAAACUCAGAUGUACAUUUUCAAAAACUGGGCAGAAUUUCAACAGCUGGUAGAUAUGCUCGUGGUUCCAUGAUGCUUUGCAGCUCCGCCAUGCCUCCCUGCUGCAGCGACCCUGGAUUCUCAGCAAGGAGUGGUAGAUUCCGCUGGCCUGUGGCUUGCCCCUUCUAUUCAUGGCAAGAAACCGACUGGAAGAAUUGGAGGGCUGCACCCACCGAAACGUCUUUCCGCCUGCCCAGUUCACGUACUUGCUGUGGCUGCUCUUUCCAGUAUGCCUGAUUCCAGUACACCAGCUACCUUUAUAACUGGAAGGGGCUCACUACGUUUCUCUUGGCUUGUGUGUGAUAACAUGGGAUCUAACUGACCAGAGUUGGACUAUCUCUGCUACUUCUGGGCAUAUUGGGCCAGAUGCAUUGUCUGACAUGCUGGGUUUGACUAAUGUGCCUUUCUGUCCAAAAUUGUACAUGAGCAGUUAAAACAAAUUGAAUUGCUUGUUUCUCUCCCCCAUGCCCUUUCCUGGUUGUUUUUUGCUUCCUUCUUUCUGUUUCCUCCUCGCUUGAUCUGAGUGGCGGAGCGAGAGCAGGAAGGAUGGGCUGGGUUUGACAAAUUAUUUCAGACAGUAUUUGCCCACCAGCAGAGGUGUAGAAGGCUUCUUCUCCCUGCUUAUGAAGAACUUCCUUAAUCAGAAUAAGCAGUAUACAGGGGAUCAAAAAUUAAACUGAGUUAGUGAGAAGACCUUUAGUUGUCAGAUCCAAUGGUCAGGCACACAUUCCAGUGUCUGUUUUUUCCUGUUCUCCCAUAGAUUUGUUUCCUUACUAGAUUCCCCCCCAUCAAUGCUGCUGCCUCCCCCCCCCCCCAAAACAGUGCUGCUAACAAUAACCUAUUGGCUCAGUUUGCAUGUCACAAUAAACCGUGGUUAAUGGUUUGCCUUCCACUUUGCUCUUCCCUUCUAGCCACUGGGAACAGCAAACCACAGUCCUUGGCUUAGUAGUGCAUCCAAACCUGGGAUGAUUUGUUUGUGUCACUCAAGCAAUUUGUGAUUGGUAAGCGCAGAGCAAAGCUUGGCUUGACACCCUACUUUGUUUGGAGUGAAGGGAUCGUGGUUUGUUGCUCCCACUGGCUAGAGGGGAAGAACAAAAUGCAAGGAACCUUCUGUGCUCUAGGGAUAAGCAGUUA